AUGCUUUCGCUCAAGUCCACUCUCCUCCUCGCCGCCUCGGCGACAGCCACAAUUUUCUACGCCGGCGUCGCAGAAUCCGGAGGCGAGUUUGGCGCCUACUCCGCCACCGGUGUUAAUGGCACAGGUCUGCCAGGACGUUUCAACGUCGACUAUGCCUUCCUCAACGCCUCCACCGUGCCCAUCUGGGUGAAGCAGAACAAGAUCAACACCUUCCGUGUGGCAUUCCUGCUGGAGCGUAUGUGCCCACUCGAGUACGGUCUCGGUGCCCGGUUCAACGAGACCUACUUCUCCGAGUUCAACGACGCCAUCAGAGCCAUUACCAGCGCUGGCGCUUAUGCCAUCUUGGACCCGCAUAACUACAUGCGGUACAAUGACCCCAGCCAGCAGCCUGGAAGUGGAAGCAUCAUUGGCAACACGGCCGAUCCGGCUGCGGCGACUACCGCUCAGUUCCAAGCCUUCUGGCACGAGCUCGCCUCCCGCUACAUCUUCAACCCUAACGUCAUCUUCGGCAUCAUGAACGAACCCCACGACAUGCCCACAGAACUCAUCCUCGCCAACGACCAAGCCGCCAUCAACGGCAUCCGCACCGCCGGCGCUAUACAGCUCAUCAUCGCCCCGGGUAACGGGUACACCGGCGGCCACAGCUGGAACCAAUCAACGUGCGCAGGCUGCACGCCGAACACGCAGGUGAUGAACAAACUCAAGGAUCCCCUCGGCAACACGGCCAUUGAUGUGCACGAGUACCUAGACUCGGACUUCAGCGGCACGCACCAGCCUUGCGUGCAGAGCUUCCCAGCGAAUAUGUAUGGACUAACGCAGUGGUUGAAGGCUAACAACCUUAAGGCUAUGGUGACGGAGUUCGGAGGCGACAACAACAACUACACGGAUAGCUCGAUGUGUGUGGAGUACCUCACCGAGGCGGUCAAGUAUAUGAACAGCAAUCCUGAAUAUAUCGGCUGGACUGCAUGGGCUGCUGGACCGUUCUGGGGCUCUUACUCCCCUUGCUGUGAGGACUACGGCAGUUAUGGCUCGCUUGAGCCUGGCAGUGUGGCUUCGGACGGCACGCCGGGCAUGUACUACACCGUCUGGAAGGCGAUCAUACAGCCGUUAGUGCCGAGUGCGCUGCAGAGGUUCGGGAUCUCCAGCAUCUAUGGUGGGAUCGAAUUUUGA